CCCAACCACCUCCCCGGGGGGAAACCUCCUCCCAGCCGCACCUCUGGGCGCCUCGCCGCCGGGAGCCGUUCCCCGCGGGCUGAUCGAGCCCUCGGGGCUGGGCUGAAGCAUCAGCCUGGCGGCAUGCAACAGCCAAGGCUGCCCCAAAGGGAGCGGAGAGCAGAGAGCAAAGAUAGGGUUUGGGGGCUCUUUCUCUCUCCCUUGUACGGCAAAAAGGGUUUUGUGAGUUGUUAGCAUGCCUAGACUGAGGGUCAGUUUCUUGCUCUCUGAAGCCAACAUCAAUAUUUGGUCCAGGGUUUCUGUUGAGAUUUUUAAAAAAAAAAUCACUUUAUUGCAAUCUUCUUAUUUUAAUAGGAGAAAAGCCCUUUCUAAUUGCAGGAUCAGAUCAGAAUCUCAUUUCUUUAAGUCUAAUGCUACUCUUUAUCUAUGGCUGGUACCACUUCUGCAAGGAGAAGGACCUUUGAAACUGCAAGUCGUACCAUAAUUCAACUCUCUACAGGUCUCAUUCACACCUAACAGAUUGCUUUUAACCCAGGAGCAGAACUAGGAAAGUCUUCUCACACUGCAGCGUCAUCCUCCAAGACCUCUCUCUUGUGCCUAGGCCUUCCCUGCUGCAGCUACAUCACCUGCAUGUAUCACUGAUGGGGGACUACUGCAGGGGAGAAGUGAGUGCAUCACAGAUGGAGCGGGCUUAUGGCAUUUACAAUGCAGCAAACAUGUUUGAAGAGCAGCUGUGCAAAGGCUCGUGGAGAGAGCAGUGAAGCUGAAGUAACAAGCUGAGAAACUGCCUGUCUUCCUUGCAGAUGACAUGUUUAUUUGCAAAGAUAUGGUUCCAAUUUUGGGAGUGGACCUUGAGGUGGCAGAAAAAAAAACCAGAAUUUUGGAGGAAAUACGGCAGCAAGAUCUCCUGUACAAGAACAGAUCACUUACCAGCAAACUGAACUAAGAUACUGAGCUCUAUUGCAGAUUGUGCUAUUGUGACAAAUGUUGCUAAUCCAGCAUCACGCACCUUUACUUACUAAAGACAAAAACGGAGAGAACAGUAGGGCGCAUCAUCUUUAAGUGAGGGCCCUCCAGCUCGCUGCCAAGGCCCAGGUGCUCACCCACUGAGAGUCAGUCUUCAAAGACGGGAUGAAGUGACAGAACCGCAGGCAGAGGAACUUGUGAAAGUGACACAGCUGUACUGUAAAAACGCCAGCCCACGGACUUUGCUGCCAGAGGAACUUAACUGCCAGCACUGAUAGACCUGAGAGCAGGCUUGCCUGAGACAUGGAGCGAGAACCAAUGCGCAUAAGGGAGGGCUACUUGGUUAAGAAGGGCAGCAUGUUUAAUACCUGGAAGCCAAUGUGGGUUGUGCUCUUAGAAGAUGGAAUUGAAUUCUACAAGCGGAAGGCUGACAACAGCCCCAAAGGGAUGGUCCCACUAAAAGGAAGCUCUGUUAACAGCCCAUGCCAAGAUUUUGGUAAAAGAAUGUUUGUCUUCAAGCUCACUGCGGCCAAGCAGCAGGACCACUUUUUUCAAGCUGCCUACCUGGAGGAGAGAGAUGCCUGGGUACGAGAUAUCAAGAAAGCAAUUCGUUGCAUAGAUGGAGGCCAAAGGUUUGCCAGAAAAUCCACAAGAAAGUCUAUCAGACUGCCUGAAACAAUCAACCUGAGUGCUUUGUACCUCUCAAUGAAGGAUCCUGAAAAGGGAAUAAAGGAAUUGAAGCUGGAAAAAGAUAAAAAAGUGUUCAAUCACUGCUUUACAGGAACUUCUGUGAUUGACUGGCUGGUGUCUAGCAACUCCAUCCGAAAUCGCAAAGAAGGUCUCAUGCUUGCCUCUUCCCUCUUGAGUGAAGGCUACCUGCAGCCUGCAGGGGAUACGUCCAAGGCUGCUGCUGAGGGACUGUCAGACACCCCCUUCUUAGAUCUCAGCGAUGCGUACUAUUACUUUCCAGACAGUGGGUUUUUCUGCGAGGGAAAUUCUAGUGAUGAUGAUGUGGUCCUGAAAGAAGAAUUCAGAGGCAUAGUAGUCAAACAAGGAUGCCUGCUGAAACAGGGACAUCGGAGGAAGAACUGGAAAGUGAGAAAGUUUGUUUUGAGAGAGGACCCUGCAUAUCUUCACUACUAUGAUCCUGCCGGUGGAGAAGAACCACUAGGAGCAAUUCACUUGAGAGGCUGCGUGGUGACAGCAGUGGAAGAUAUGCCAGACUCCAAGAAGUAUGAUGUUGACAACAUCCUCUUUGAAAUCAUCACAGCAAAUGAAAUUCACUAUUACUUGCAAGCAGCCUCAUCUGCAGAGCGUACAGAGUGGAUCAGAGCAAUUCAGGCAGUUGCUAGGACUGGAAAAUGAAGAUGAUCUCCCAGCAAGAAGACAGACAACUGAAAUUCAUUACUCAAAACAAAAUGGAAUUUUGGCAUUUCAUCAAGAGAAUACAAAAUCAUUCAGAAAGGCAUCUUAAGGCUUGAGGGUGGGGGUGAGGGUCCAAAGUUUCAAUUUUAUAGUUGGCACUAACAAACUAACAUUUUCCACUUGUUUUAUGGUAAUAUUGUACUAAAUAUUUUACAAAAUUAUAGCAUAGAACAUGCCGUAUUAGUGUGUGCUUCUUAGAGUAUCAGUCUCCCUUGGGGAGGCUGUACCUUAUACCUUUCCCUGUUGCCACACCUGAUAAUGAAAAUUCACCAUUAACAAAGGACAGUCACGCCACUGACUGUGAGGAACUCAGCUAGUCACCUACCAUUCAGCCUGUGUUGUGGUUCAGUAUCUUCAGAUAUUUCAAAGUCUUCCCAAGACAAACUUUACACUUUCUUCUUUACCAGCCAGUGAUCUUUCUACAGCCUUGUUCACCUACACAAGGAAUGCCAUGGAUUUGAGGAAAGAGAUCAACUCACUUGGAAACCUAAUCCACUCCUUUAUAAUUCUUCAGUGUUAAGGAAGGGAAGAAUCCAGACAACUAUGGAAGCACCAUGCAGAAAGCAAGUACAACUCAAUGAGAGCGGUAUGAGCUUCCUUGUAGGAAAAGUCUCUCCCAUGGUAUUUCAAACACGAAGCAAUCUCAAUUCAACUUCUUUAUCACCUGAU